AAUAUCUCAGAAUUGGGAACGAAAGACGAAAGAAGCUGAGAAUUUAAUUACAUAACCCUCCUUUUUCUCUCUCUAUUUUCUCAGUCGCCAUUCGCCGAGCAUUCCUUUUCUCGUUCUUUCAAUUUUUGGGUUGAUCAGUUUAUUGUCCUUGCAAACGGAUUGAUUCGGAUUAAAUAUCAUUCAUGAAUUGGUUCUCUUUUCUUUAUGUUAUUGUUGUUGACAGCAUUCAGUGUUUAAUUUCCUGUGAAAAAAAGAUGAGACAUUUAGGAAAAUAUAAUAUAUAUAUAUAUGUGUAUAAUUAUUUAUAUUUAAAUAGAAUGAUGUGAAUCCAUGUCCUGUUGUUGUUGUUGUUUUUCUUUUCUUUUAUCCCAUCUUUUCAGGACCAUAUAGAAACCUAUUUGCACUUUGAAUCAAAUUGUGAUGUCAUUGAUUCAUUAAUUUGGUUUGUUUCAGUCAAAUAAACAUACUUGUUUUUGAAUUUUAAGCGUAGUUCUGUUGUUAUUUUGUCUCCAUUCAUUGGGUGAAUCAAUAUUUCAGCUACUCUGUUUUUAGUGUUUUUUAACUUAUCUUAUUGGAUUAGUAAUUUUCUUUUUAAUUGAUGUUGAUUUCUUUUGGUGUCUUAGGCAAAUAGAAAGGCCUUUUGUUAUUGUUUAAGCUUACUUAUUCCCCAGCUUAAAAGAUUGGUGAAGAAGAUGCCUAGAGAUCUCUCAAGGUCACGAUCACCUUCUAGGCGAAGGCGUUCACCGUCACCAAUUGGACAUAGGGUGAAUAGCCGAAGAAGCAGAAGAGAUAGAAGCAGAUCUCCAUAUUCCUCCUAUUCUCGUAGCAGGUGAUCCCGUUUAUAUUCUUUCAUUGUUGUACUAACUAAUUUUGUAAAGACUUAAAGAACAAAUGAAGAUUCACAUAUUGAUGAUGCGUUUUGACAUUGUGUUCUGAGUAACUAUCUCUUGUACGGAACAUAUCCUUACCAAUUGAAUGUUCUAUCCUAUUCAUAACCUCUAAUGCGGAGUUUACUAUAUAUAUAUAUAUAUAUAUUAUAUCUGACUUAGUUAUGGGAUGGCAUGCUAUGUGGGAAUGGGAAUGGUGUUGUAACUUGUAACUGAAUUUGCUGAUGGUCAUCAUGGUGGUCAUAAUUUUCGGAUUGCAGAAUGUUAUAAGAAAAUAGAGAACUUUAAGAUUUAUGUGCUAUGUAUCUUGUUGAGGCAUGCUUGAGCUAGAUUUGGUUUCUAUUUUAAUGAUGAAGGAUGUAAUUGGAGGUUUGGAGCAUAAGUUACUGCUAGUUUUGUUGCUUCUCGUUAAACAUUUAAAAGGAGGGAAUUGAGUUAUUUGCAUGUACCUUGCAUUUGGUAUGUUGACAUUUUUCUUUGAUCAUUAACUUACCUUUUUUCUCUACCCUUAUAAUUUGUUUGGGAUUCUCAUAGUAAGGUAUGCUACUAUCAUUCCAAUGUAAUUAUUGGCAACCUUUUCUUAAAGACCUGGUUAUUGUUUAUCACAAGUUGGGAGUAUAAGGAUGGGCAUAUAGUCUUUUGGCAAAUUGGUACUACUCUACGUUUACCUAAAACAAAUCCAAAAUAUUAGAAAGAGCAUUGUAAGAGGCUAAGAGCGGGAUAUAAUUUCAUACUCUUCAUUAGAAAUUAAAAAAAUUCAGUUUCUUCUCCAUCAUAUGGGAAGUUAGCAGGUGAUGGGUGUCCUUUUGUUGCUCGAUUGUGUGCUUCUUCAUGUGAUAAAAGGUGGAGCACUCAAAGGUUAUUCUUAACAAUGUAUGAGAAGGAAAAGUCGGUCUGUUUCCCCUAGACGCCGUCGAAGUCGUUCAUUAACUGCUAGACGUCGUCGGAGUCGUUCUCGCAGUCCAAGGCAUCAUAAGCGACCAAGAAGUCAGAGUUCAUCAAUAUCUCCAGUUCAUAAAUCCUCUAGUCCAAGUCUUGGGUCAAUAGAGCGCAAGAAUGCAAGUGAAAAAAUGAAAAAACAAGAAGAAGAGAAGAAAAGGCGACAACAAGAAGCAGAACUAAAAUUGCUGGAGGAAGAAACUGCAAAGAGAGUUGAAGAAGCAAUUCGUAGAAAAGUUGAAGAGAAAUUAAAUUCUGAGGAGAUUAGAUUAGAAAUACAAAGGCGCUUGGAAGAAGGACGCAAGAAACUUCUAGAUGACGUUGCAGUUCUAUUAGAGAAAGAAAAGGAAGCUGCUCUUCUCGAAGCUAGACAGAAGGAGGAACAAGCACGGAAAGAGAAGGAAGAGCUAGAAAGGAUGCUUGAAGAGAAUCGAAGGAGGGUAGAAGAAGCGCAGGAGAGGGAAGCUUUGGAACAGCAGCGGAGGGAGGAGGAACGAUAUCGGGAGCUAGAAGAGAUUCAAAGACAAAAAGAAGAGGCGAUGCGGAGGAAGAAGCAAGAGGAGGAGCAAGAACGGUUGAACCAGAUAAAAUUGUUGGGUAAAAACAAAUCCAGGCCAAAGUUGUCAUUUGCAUUUGGCUCCAAAUGAAAUUCUUUAGAAUAAUUCAGUGCAAGGUUGAUUCCCUUUUUAAGUAUAUCCAUGUUUGGACAUGUUUAGAUGGUCUGUAUCUAUUCUAAUAUUAUUUACCCAACAGUUCAAUUCUCAGGUUACGUUUAUUAUGUUA